AUGGUCCGAGGAACUGUUGCCCUUCUGGCUCUCGCCGGCCCGGCUCUUGCUGGUGUUGUCAAGGAACAUCAUGAGAAGUCUUCCCCCAAGCUUCCUGGUCCUCAUGAGCCUCACAAGCAGGUGGAAAAGCCCGGAAAGGUCUUGACCGCUACUGCGCCUCACAUCACUAUCACCAAGACAAGCACCUAUGUGACCACUGAAUGCCCAGUCACCAGCACGGUUGUCACCUCGGGCACCAAGACUCUCACGGUCCCGGUCACUCUGACCAACACUGUCACGAAGACCACCACUUGGUGUGAUGAGGCGACUCCCACCGGCCCGACCAAGAAGCCUGUGGUCCCAACUGGCACUGGACACCCUGUCCCGCCGCCGCCUCACCAGACCACUGUGGUGCCUCCCAAGCAGCCUGUCCCGACUGGACACAACAACACCAUUCCUCUCCCCACCACCAAGCCUGCUCCCUACCAUAACUCCACUGUCGUGCCAGUUCCGGUCAAGCCUACGAGCACACCUGUUGUUCCUAUUCCUCUUCCUCAGCCUUCUCCCAGCACUCCUGGUACCCCUGGCACCCCUGGCACUCCUGGAACUCCUGGAACUCCCGGUACUCCCGCUACCCCUGGUGAGCCCGGAACUCCUGGCACCCCCGGCACUCCUGGAACUCCCGGUACUCCCGCUACCCCUGGUGAGCCCGGAACUCCUGGCACCCCCGGCACUCCUGGAACCCCUGGAACUCCUGGUACUCCUGGUACUCCCGCUACCCCUGGUGAGCCCGGAACUCCUGGCACCCCUGGCACUCCCGCUACCCCUGGCGAGUCUGGCACCCCUGGUACUCCUGGUACUCCUGGCACUCCUGGAACCCCCGGCCAGCCCGAGCAGCCUGAGGAGCCCGAGCAGCCUGAGGAGCCCGAGCAGCCCGAGCAGUCAGGAAAGCCCGAGCACCCCAAGCACCCCAAGCCAUCCCAGCAGCCCCAGCAGCCCGAACAGCCCGAGCAGCCCGAGCAGCCCACCGGAGUGUCUCCGGCUCAGCCCACUAGCUCGCCCUCUGGACAGCCCUUCACCGGUGCUGCUCAGGCCGUCAAGCCAACCGUUGGUCUCUUGGCUGCCGUCAUGGCUGUCAUGAUCCUCCUCUAA